UAGCUGCCGACCCAAAAGCCGCCACGUACGUCAUUGCCAUCUGAGAGUGAUUGACAACCAAAACUUAACUUAUUUAGUUUACUUCAGAAAUUUCAGAAUGCCAUUGCGCUUAGAUAUUAAACGCAAGCUGACGGCACGAUCAGAUCGUGUCAAAUGCGUUGACUUGCACCCGACAGAACCAUGGAUGUUGGCGUCACUGUACAAUGGAAAUGUUCACGUUUGGAAUCAUGAGUCUCAGCAACUUGUGAAAUCGUUUGAGGUCUGUGACUUGCCCGUGAGAGCAGCUGUGUUUGUACCUCGCAAGAACUGGAUUGUGACCGGCUCAGAUGACAUGCAAGUUCGUGUCUUCAACUACAACACGCUGGAGAGAGCUCAUGCAUUUGAGGCUCACUCAGAUUAUGUCCGUUGUAUCGUGGUUCAUCCCACGCAGCCGUACAUUCUCACUAGCAGCGAUGACAUGCUGAUAAAGCUGUGGAAUUGGGAGAAACAGUGGUUGUGCCAGCAGGUGUUCGAAGGGCACACCCAUUACGUGAUGCAGAUAGUAAUCAACACCAAAGACAACAAUACUUUGGCCAGUGCUUCACUCGAUAGAACAGUCAAGGUGUGGCAGCUUGGAUCCCCAACACCUAACUUCACCCUGGAGGGUCACGAGAAAGGUGUGAACUGUGUCGAUUAUUACCAUGGAGGAGACAAACCUUACCUCAUCUCUGGUGCCGACGAUAGAAUGGUGAAAAUCUGGGACUACCAGAACAAAACGUGUGUUCAGACACUUGAGGGGCACGCGCAAAAUAUUUCAGCAGUUUGUUUCCACCCAGAGCUGCCGAUCGUGCUGACUGGCAGCGAGGAUGGCACAGUGAGGAUCUGGCACUCAGGCACGUACCGUCUUGAGUCAUCACUCAACUACGGCUUCGAGAGAGUGUGGACCAUUGCUUGUAUGCGUGGCUCCAACAAUGUAGCCUUAGGAUACGAUGAGGGCAGCAUCAUGGUGAAAGUAGGCCGGGAGGAGCCGGCCGUGUCCAUGGAUGUCAACGGUGAGAAGAUUGUGUGGGCUCGCCACUCAGAGAUACAGCAGGCCAACCUGAAGGCCAUGCCGGAGGGUAUUGAGAUCAAGGAUGGGGAGAGACUCCCGGUGGCAGUCAAGGACAUGGGCAGUUGUGAGAUCUAUCCCCAGACAAUCGCUCACAACCCGAAUGGCAGGUUUGUGGUGGUGUGUGGUGACGGAGAGUAUAUCAUUUAUACAGCCAUGGUGUUGCGAAACAAAGCGUUUGGAACCGCACACGAGUUUGUGUGGGCUCAAGACUCAUCUGAGUAUGCAAUUCGAGAAGGCACCACCACUGUCAAGGUGUUCAAGAAUUUCAAGGAGAGAAAAUCGUUCAAACCUGAGUUUGGUGCUGAAGGUAUCUUCGGUGGCUUUCUCCUGGGUGUGAGGUCAGUAUCAGGUCUGGCUCUGUAUGACUGGGACACCCUGGAGUUGGUCAGGCGUAUCGAGAUACAGCCACGGCACGUCUACUGGUCGGAGAGCGGGGAGUUGGUGGCAUUGGCCACGGACGACAGCUACUUCGUGCUGCGCUACGAUGCCGGUGCUGUACAGGCCGCUAGAGAGCAGGGCGGUGACGCUGUCACUCAGGACGGCAUAGAGGAAGCUUUCGAUGUGUUGGGGGAGGUACAUGAGUCAGUGCGCACAGGAUUGUGGGUAGGUGACUGUUUCAUCUAUACCAACAGUGUGAACCGUAUCAACUACUACGUGGGAGGAGAGAUAGUGACAGUGUCACACUUGGACCGCACCAUGUACUUGCUGGGUUACGUAGCCAAGGAUAACCGGCUCUACCUGGGCGCGGACAAAGAGCUCAACAUCGUCUCCUACAGUCUUCUUCUGUCAGUAUUAGAGUAUCAAACAGCUGUAAUGAGAGGAGAUUUUGAGACCGCUGGACAAAGUCCUCCAACUGUUCCCACCCAAUAUCGCACCAGAGUGGCUCAUUUCUUGGAAAAACAAGGCUUCAAGCAACAGGCGUUGGCAGUCUCAACAGACCCUGAGCACAGGUUUGAGCUGGCUCUACAGCUGGGGGAGCUGGAGGUAGCGACAACGCUAGCGCGUGAGGCGGGGCACACACAGAAGUGGCGACAGCUAGCGGAGCUGGCCACCACCAAGGGUGAGCUCGGACUGGCGCAGGAAUGUCUCCACCAGGCUCAGGGACUUUGGUGGCCUCUGCUGCUGGCUACCUCUGGAAACGCUGACAUGGUGCGUAAGUUAGGAGACAGUGCAGAGUCCACAGGCAAAAUAACAUUGCUUUCCUCUCAUUCCUUCUGCUCGGAGGAAAACUGGACAAGUGUCUGCAGAUUCUCAUUGACACAGAUCGCUUGCCUGAAGCAGCUUUCUUCGCAAGAAACGUACCUGCCAAGCCAGAUCUCACGAGUGGUGGGACUGUGGCGAGAGUCCCUCUCCAAGGUCAGCGAGAAGGCGGGCCAGUCCCUGGCAGAUCCCAAGGACUAUGAGAACUUGUUCCCAGGACUCAACAGAGGCUUUUAA